AUGACGGGCGUCGAGACACUCAUCGGCGAUAUCACGUACAACAACGACUUCCCAGACGACUACGUUACAUUCUAUAGCUCGACCCUCAAGAACGUCACCGGCGACCUGCUGAUGUACGGCGCCGGCGGGAAGACUACCAAGACACCUGGAGAUUUGAACAUAACGCUUCCUGCCCUGAGAACCAUCCAUGGGCUGGGUGCAUACUGGGGAUGGGGCGACAUAUCAAUUAAUACGGACCCAAAACUUAACGUAUUACGAGGAUUCCAGAUUGGAGCAAGCCAGUCUGCGGCGGGCAAUUUAUACUUGAACGUUACUUCUACUUAUAGUGUUGGCAUUUCAGGUGUCGAUUUUCAAGUCACUGGGGGAGCCCUUCUCACCUCAUCGGCGGAGAAGGUCCAGCGCGAGAUCACAGUUUGGGGAAAUAGUGGACUAAAGCGUGUCGAGCUGGAUGAUCUCAAGUUCGUCAACUAUACGGUCGACAUCAAGAGCAACUCGGACCUGGACUAUAUCUCUUUAUCUCUCACCGAAGUCGGACUCUUGCGCGCCAUGGACAACGGGAGAGAUACGCAUCUGUCAGUGCCUAAUCUCAAGAGGCUCGGAGGCCGCAGUGACCCUGGCACUCAUACCAGCGGAGGCGACGCUGGCGGUAUUUUCAGGGAUCUUGUCAACGCCAGCCUACCAUUGCUGACUGAGGUUCACGGCGAUGAUGUCGAUUGGUUCAAGGGAAAGCUCAACUUCACUUCCAAUUUCUUCUCAGAGCUUAGUCUUCCGAGUCUCAGGACGGCAAACUGCACACUCGGGAUCGAUGAGAACAUUGCACUGAACGACCUUUCAGUGCCGAGGUUGAGCUACGUCAAGGACUUGCAGAUACACGAUAACCCUCGCCUUCUCAACUUUACGGCCAAUUUACUUAAGAAGGCUGAUAACAUCAACAUGACCGGGCCAUUCACCAACGUCGAGUUCUUUGGUCUCGAGGUCAUUACGGGUGAUUUCUAUUUGGCUGGCGACAAGACCAUGGAUUGUUCUUGGUUCGAUGAACAUUUCCUCAAUCACAUUGUUCAGGGGUCAUACAAGUGCGUCGGCAACCAUACCAAGCCUGCGACCGAGCGCAAACCCAGCACACCGACCGACGAAGCAGAUCUUGAAGAUGAGGGUUCGAAACAAGGAGGAAGGUCUUCCAGUGGAAGUGGCCGGGGAUCAUCUUCCGGAAGUAAUGGCGGGCUAUCGACUGGUGCAAAGGCAGGAAUUGGGGCGGGAGUCGGUGUAGCUGGCCUUAUCCUGCUCGGACUCGGUGCUGGGUUUUUGAUUGGCAAGAAGACGAAGAGACCACCUGGUGCGGCCACUCAUACUACUGAAUCUGGGUACCAGAAGGCUGAGCUCGAUGGAGACGGUAAACCGUCCAGUGGUGUGAAGCAGGUGCAUAGUGUAGAAGCUUCGGAGAUGCAGGAUACGGGCAAGUCUGAGUUGCCUCUUAAUCCAGCGAGAGCCGAGUUAGCAGGAUAA